CAUAUCAGUUUUUCCUAUAUACUUCUAUUGGAUCCGUUUUGAUGCUAUUAGCUAUUCUGUUGAUUCUUUUCCAAACAGGAACCACCGAUUUACAAAGAUUAUUAACUACAGAAUUUAGUGAGCGGCGCCAAAUCUUUCUAUGGAUUGCUUUUUUCGCCUCUUUCGCCGUCAAAGUGCCUAUGGUACCAGUUCAUAUUUGGUUACCCGAAGCCCAUGUGGAGGCACCUACGGCUGGAUCCGUCAUCUUGGCAGGAAUUCUUUUAAAAUUGGGAACCUACGGGUUUUUCAGAUUUUCAAUACCCAUGUUUCCCGAAGCGACACUUUGUUUGACUCCUUUCAUUUAUACUCUAAGCGCGAUUGCUAUAAUAUAUACUUCCUUGACCACUUUAAGACAGAUCGAUCUUAAGAAGAUCAUUGCCUACUCCUCAGUAGCCCAUAUGAAUCUGGUGACUAUUGGUAUGUUUAGUCCGAACAUACAGGGAAUUGGAGGUAGCAUUUUACUGAUGUUAAGUCAUGGACUGGUUUCUUCAGCCCUUUUUCUAUGUGUUGGUGUUCUAUAUGACCGGCAUAAGACUCUUAUUGUUAGAUAUUUCGGAGGUUUAGUGAGCACCAUGCCGAAUUUCUCUACCAUUUUCUUCUUUUUCACUUUAGCCAAUAUGAGUCUACCUGGCACUAGCAGCUUUCUCGGGGAAUUUCUAAUCUUAGUAGGAGCUUUCCAAAGAAAUAGCUUAGUAGCGACAUUAGCUGCGCUUGGGAUGAUUUUAGGCGCGGCCUAUUCCCUUUGGCUAUAUAAUCGUGUGGUUUCUGGAAAUUUCAAACCCUCUUUCCUCCAUAAAUUCUCCGAUCUAAAUGGCAGAGAAGUAUUCAUAUUUCUACCUUUGAUUGUUGGAGUUGUUCGGAUGGGUCUUCACCCCAAAGUGUUCCCGGACUGCAUGCAUACAUCCGUAAGUAACUUAGUGCAACAUGGAAAAUUGAAUUGAGAGGAAUCAGCAAAGAAAAGAAAGAGUUUCCGGGUGACUGGAUGGAUCGCCCAACGGGGUAGCUCCGACGCGGAGGACCAAGCGCAGCACUCCCGUAACUGAUCCUUUUGUAGGUGAUGGGGCAGAGUGGGUGGAGGUCCCCAGGCAAGAGUUUCUGUUGUUCUGCCUUAAUGAGUGGGGGAGGUAGCCUCAUUAGGAAAGAACUACUGGCACGGACUUUCGGAGGUCGAUCCUUUAAACAAAUAAUCAAUGAAUACCCCAACUCGUAGAUAAGUGCUAUUUUGAAGACACUACUAAUUUCGAUCUUUUCCAUUCAGCCUUAUAUUUGAUCCACGUCGCUAUGAAUAUCGCUCGUACCUCUCCCUAACGGUCGAGCCCUACGGCCCUUGCCUUCAGAUGUCGGCUACUUAUAAUGAACUUCAGGACUCUAACCAUUAAGCUGCUGUGAAGAGAAAGAGUGAAUU